AUGCCAUCGCCAUCGGAGAACGGCGCAAUCAAGCGGCAGGGCCCGAGGGUCAAGUACGUGAGCGCGGCGCACUGGGCAGCCAUCCUGGACGGCAUUGCCGAGCUGAAGGACCACCUCGAGCACCAAGACGAGUACCAGGCGCCGGCCCCGGAGCAGUGCGACGGCGACGCGCGGCCCUCCGGCCCGCUGUUGCUCUAUGGCGGUUGGUCGAGGAACCUCACCCGGAGCUUCAUCCUGGAAUCGCUCCCGGAGCGGCCUGUUGCGGAUAGGCUUGUGUCCAGAUACUUCAACACCGUUGUUGUCCAAUGCCUGGUCCUCGGCGAGUACACCAGUGGUGGCCCUUACGUUGUGGAAACUUUGCUCCUCUACCUGAUGACCGAGUUCUUCCCAUCUCGGGACAUGCAAGUCGGCACCCGGCUCCUGGUCGGCACCAUCGUUCAGAUUGCCAUGCACAUGGGCUACCACCGGGACAGCAGCCGCUUCCCCACCAUCUCCCCGUUCGAGGGCGAGAUGAGGAGGCGGGUCUGGGCUCUGAUCUACCAGAUCGACUUCGGCACAUCGACGCAGAUGGGCCUGCCCAGACUUCUCAUCCGCGAGAGCCAGAUUGACGCUGCCGAGCCGCGAAACCUGGCCGACACGGACUUCGACGAGCACAGCGCCGAGCUGCCGCCCUCGCGGCCCGACACCGAUGUCACGCCUGCUCUGUACAGCGCCGCCAAGCUUCGCAUCUUCUCCGUGGGCGUCAAAGUGGCGGACCUGGCGUCCGAGAUCCGCUGUCCCGCCUACGCCGACGUGCUUGACCUCGACCGGCAGCUCGACGUAGCCAGCGACUCGUUGCCCUCGACCAUGAAAUGGACCGGCUUGGCGUCCUGUCUCACUGAAUCCUCGCAGGUCAUUCUCCAGAGAAUCUUCCUUCGGGUUUGCGUCUAUCGGAUGAAGAUCACGCUGCACAAGAGGUUCUUGUCUCUCGAGCGCUCCCGGGUUGCCUGCCUCACCGCAGCCAUGGAGAUCCUCAAGCUGCAGCACCUCCUCGACGAAGAAAGCCAGCCGGACGGACGCCUGUACCAGAGCCGCUGGAGGGUCACGUCAGCCUUCACCCACGACUUCCUCGUGGCGACGAGCAUCUUGUGCCUUUAUCUCAGAACGCUCAGUUCCGGCGAGGACAAGGGAGACGACGCAACUGAACAGUCCAUGGAGGAGAUGAAGACGCUGCUCAGAUUGUCGCAGGCGAUUUGGCUUCGAGAAAGUGCCACGUCGAAAGAGGCGCAGAAGGCUGCGGAAGCUUUGCGUUACGUGCUCGGCGACAGUCAGUGUGGCACGAACGGGACCGCUCUGAGUUCCCCCGCUCCAGGUUUGCUUUUCACCGUCCCCGAGACCUGGUAG